AUUCAAUCACAAUAUUUAUAAUUUAUGAUUCAUGUCUUCUACACAAGGCCAACAAGAAGAUGGUUUUUGGGAUACGGACGAAGAACCAAGAAAGGAAGAUAAACCCGACUCUCUGGAAGCCGAGGAAACUAAACCAGAGUACAAGUUCUUAGAAAAUGAAGCAAGUGACUCGUCAAACGUUGAAGAAGAAGAAAACACGAAACGUGAUAAAGUUGCUGGAGAGAAUUCUUCAGAAGAGGAAGAUAGUAGUGAAGACGAUGCGGAGGAACUAAACGAAUAUGAAAAGGACGACUUUUUGGUGGAAGACGGAGAAGAAGAAGAAGAGGAGGGUAAUUUGGAGACCGAAGAUUCGUCCUACAAGGAACAUGCUCCUAAAGAAGAAUUAUCCCCAAAGAAGAGAAGAGAAAGAUUGGAACUAGCAGAAGGAGAUUAUGAACUUUUGGAAGAGGCAGGAGUAAGAGUUUCGAGAGGUGGAAGGAGAUUGAAACGAUUACGUAAGGCAGGUGGAGAACUCCCUGUAGGUUCGGAAGAGCCAGAGCUUGAAGACACUGAAGAUAGGAAGCGAGCGAAAUAUUUGGAAGACGAUGAGGAAGAAAUAAGUGACGAAGAGGAUGAUCUCGACGACUUCCUUGAAGAUAAGAGUGGUCGUUUGAAACGAAGACGUAGCAGAAACUCUGCUUUACCUGAAGGAGUUAGUGAAAGAGCAGUUCGAUUAGCUCGUGAAAUCUUUGGAGACGAUGAAGAAGAAUACAAAAUUUCAAGUUCACUGUUCAUGGCUCCCGAAGGUUUAGAAGAAGAAGAAGAAGAAGAAGAUAGAGACGCAGCUGCUACGGAAGCAGAAACGAGCAAAGAAAGGGAGACUAAGAGCAAACUAACUGAAGAAGAGAAGCAGUUAGAUUUGGAUCGAGAGAUAUGUACAAAGGAUAUUCCUGAGUAUAUUCAAGAGCAUUUCGGUGAGGAUAGGGUGCCUUGUACGUCGACAGAAGAGUUGACGGAAGAGGCGUCUUGGAUUUAUCAAAGAGCAUUUGAAAUGGAUGAUAGAUUUGAUCAGUUUCAGAAGGAAGAAAUUAUCAAAAAGAUAUCAGCAUUGUUGUCGUUUGUACACAUCGAACAGUUUGACAUUCCCUUUAUUGCGAUAUAUCGUAGAGAGUAUCUAAGUCCGGAGCUGUUGAAGGUUUUAGAGUCGAGUUCGAUACAACAGCGUCAGGAUGACUGGAAAUACAUAUGGAGAGUGCUUGACUGGGAUGUGCAGUGGUAUCGUUUCAAAACAAGGAAAUUAAAGCUCCAAGAUGAACUUGCUAUUGUUUCCGAAAAUUUAAGUGAAGAAGAAAAAAAGUUAUCGGAAGCCAUAAAGGAAUCGCUACAUUUUACUCAAGACGAAGAAGAUUUAGCAGAUAUUGAAGCAGGCUUAAGGCUUUGUUAUAUAUGGAAUUCUCUCAACUCCUCUACAGAAGAGGAGAAGAAAUCUCAAAGAGUGACGGCGAGACCCAAACAACGAGAUAAAUAUACUACAAUUUGCAAACGCGGAUGGAAAGAAUUCCUUAACCAUUUUGUACUCACGCCAUUUCAACUCGCAGAAAAUGUUUCAACUAUGUAUCAAAAAUAUGUUCAGUUGAGUUUGAACAAGACGCCAUCAGAACUUGCGACCGAAUGGUUGACUUCAAGAAAUGAAAACAUAGAUAUUCUUGACAAUUUUCUUGAUAGUUGCCGUUUUCUAUUUAUACGCGAACUUUCCGUUGAUCCCCGUUUCCGCUCGACCGUGCACAGUUUUUUAAGAAAGGAAGCCUUGUUGACGUCAAAACCGACUCUGAAAGCUAUCAGUGAUCUGGAUGACUUCGAUAGAUUGAAACCAUGUUGUUCUAUUUAUCAAAAACCUAUCCAAAGAUUAUUGAAACCUAGCAGCGAAUUUUCAAUAGUGGCUUAUUGUAGAAAGCUUGGUUACACUUUGAUAGAGAUUGAAGUUGAUAGGAAAGCUCUUAGGGACUUCAUUGAAGAGUUGAAAACAUUGGGGCGUUCAGAAGGACUCUCCAGGUAUUCUACCGAAUGGAAUCAGGAGAUUGAAACUAUUAUAGAAGAAUCGGUUCGUCGAGUUAUUUCAGAGCAAUGUCGGGAAUUGGAGCUUUGUUUGGAAAAGCGAUCAAAUCUGUUUCUUCGGGAAGAGUUUCGACAAGAAGCUGAAACUAUUUUGAGCCUCGGACCAAUAUCUAAAUAUAUUGGGUUGAAUAGCAAGAGUCGCAUAAUUUCUUUCUUUUUGAGUGACAUUUUUUCGAAACAAGUGGUACAGGGGGAACUCAAGUCCCAAGAAGUUGCAAAUUUUAACAAAUAUGUCGCUGUGGGUGCAAACCUUUCAAAAGAAGGAGAAGUGGAAGAAGUUUGUACCUUUUCUAUAGGAGUUUCACAUGGAGGACAAAUUAAUAUUGCGGAAAACUCCAAAGAGAAGUUGAUACACUUUCUUGUACGAGGUCGACCGGACUACAUUACAAUUGGAGUUGGUAAAUCCAAACAUGCUACUUCAGGGCUAAAGCAACAAUUAGCCAAUGUCUGGUCACAAAUACUAAAAGUAGAUGAAGUUUCCGACUCAGAACAGAAUGCAUCAGAACAGCAAGACAAGCUAUCAUCCUGUCUAUCCAAAAUAUUUCUUGUAAGUGAAGCUGUACCGAUGGUCUAUGCUUCUUUGCGAAGUGAAGAACAAAAAGAGCAGUCAUAUGCACGACGAAUGGCUAUUGCUAUUGGAAGAUUUGCACAGGAACCUUUGGUGGUUUAUGCGGCAAUUGCGUGUGACAUUUCUUCCACAUCGUCCUUAGAAGUUCAUCCAUUCCAAAAUAUACUGAAUGCUUCAGAACGAGAAUUUGUAUUUAGACAAGCAAUGAUUUUUGCUACUUGUUGUUAUACUGGAGUAGAUAUCAAUCGAAUCAUCAUUUAUGACCAUCUCCGACCUCUUUUGAAUCAUAUCGGUGGUUUGGGACCAAAAAAGGCAGUAGUCAUUUUAGAAAGGUUAAAGGAGCUGUAUCAUAUACACGGCGGAAAAGCUUUGUUGUCCAGAAAGGAAAUUAUAGCUAACCAAAUUUUAGAUAAGCGAGUAUUCUUUUCUGCAGCUGGAUUUGUGAGAAUUGUGGAUCCGUUUGGAGACAAGGGCAAAGAUAGCAGAGGUAAACAGCGAAAUCGUGCAAAGGGACAAAGGAAGAAUGAACUGGCUGUCAAUCCUUUGGAAAAUUCUCGUGUCCAUCCAGAAAAUUAUGGCAUAGCCAUGAAAAUUGCGGAAGAAGCUCUUCGCGGAGAAAGUGAGGAGCAAGAACACUCAGAUAGUGAUAUUGUAAAGGUUAUAUCUGAAGUUAUGAAAAGGCCUCAUUUACUAGAAGAGUUAGAUUUGGAAGCCUAUGCUGAUCACCUGGAAAAGUUGGGGAGAGGAAAAAUGCAUGACACUUUGCGUAUUAUUUGUGAAGAAUUCGAAAAUCCUUAUCGAGAUUGGAGGAAAAUCCCCAGCCCACUAACUUCGAAGGAUUUAUUUUAUAUCAUUACAGGUUGUACUCCAGAUAGACUUCGUUGUGGAGCUUCUGUGGUAGCAACAAACUGUCGUCCUAAUGCAGCUGGGACUGGAAUUGUGUGUCAGGUGGAGGGAGAGAUUCGUGGUUAUAUUCAUCGAAAUGAAAUAUUUGAUGAACAAGUGUCUUCCAACUUUGACUUGGGAGAGUAUCUUAAUCAAACCAGCACUUUACCCUGUAGAGUCCUUAGUGUCAAUUAUGAAAAAUUCGAGCUGAAAUUGUCUUGCAGACCUUCUGUGCUUCGAAAUCCCAAAAAGAUUCCUGAGUACAAGGAACCAGAGUUCAAAGCAGAUCCUUUCUUUUUGGACUUUUCUUCUAAUUUUGAUCCUCUUCAACCAGACAAACAACCGAUGACCGCAGAUGAUGUACAGAGAGAACGAAGUCGAAGAAUGGAAACUCGUAGAAAAGCUAGUUUGGCCACGAGUUCUCAUCCUUUAUUUAGAAAUGUUUCGGGAAGCAAAGCAAUUCAGUUGUUGGAUCAAACCUCACCAGGAGAGAUUAUCAUUAGACCCAGUAGUCAUUCACCCGAUGUUGUUGUACUCUCUUUCAAAGUUGCAGAUGGUUUGCCUGUUGUACACUUGGAAGUCCUGGAACAACAACAGACAUAUCGUGGAAGGGAAACAAGUUUGUAUUACAUAGGACAAGAGAAAUUUGAAGCCUUAGAUGAAGUCAUCGGUAGAUACGCUGAGCCGGUUUUGGCAAACCUACAAGAAGCCUUGCAACAUCGCAAGUUUAUUGUUGGUGAUGAAGAGACUUUGGAACAGAAUUGUAAGCAGCAAAAGAUGACGGAGCCACAAAAGGUUGCCUAUUGUAUAGGCAUGAGUUUUCGUUAUCCUGGACGUCUUGUGAUUGCUUAUUUACCAGGAAGAUCACAUGUCAUACGAGAAAUAAUAACUGUGCUUCCACAAGGGUAUCGAUUCCGCAAACUUAUUCAUGCUGACAUGAAUUCCUUGAUAGAUUGGUUUAAAGACAACUUUAAAACAUUGUUAGCACGUCCUCCUGAAACUGCGAGGCUUCAAUGAAGCAUCCAUAGAUAAUACUCCAAGGAAAAUGAGAACGACCUUCUUUAUUUCCGAGGAAAUUUCCCCUCAUAUCAAAACAUGUUAUUCAACGCUCGUUAUAAACAGCAAACAAUGUCA